AACAAAGACAAACACUGCUCGUAUGUGAAUUGCUAGACCAACGUUCAGCGUCCGUCGCUUGUUUCCAUCCUUCCCUAGUUUCCGUGAACGCGAGCGAAGACGAGAGUGUUCAUGUUGUUUGUUGUGAAUUUUUGUUUUUAUUUCCAUUCGGUCUUUCUGGCGUCUAGUUCAACCAUUUCGCAAUAGUUAAAUAAACGCGUCCGACCAUUCGGGAAGUGGACUCAUUCAUAAAAUCGGCGGUUUACGCGUAUUCUGUUCAGAAUGGACGUUUCAAAGAUGCUGGAAAUGGACUAAAGUGCGUUCAUUAACGUGUGAAAAGCCUGAAGAUGAAGAAAACAAGUCGUUUAGUGCCCUUCAUCGUAAUCUACCUGUGCCAAAGCACACUUGCUGAGGACUUGAUUCCCACACAGGAUGCUGUUGGAAAAACACCAUCGGCUGAAUCAUCAGGAUGCGAGCCCCAUCAAUUCCAAUGCGACAGUGGAGAAUGUAUUCCAAUCAUCUGGCAUUGUAACUCGCAACGGGACUGUAAAGACGGCUCGGACGAGCGCUGUCCCGUCAGUCGAUGUCCAGCCGGACAGUUCACCUGUGCGGUCAGCAAGAAAUGUCUGCCCAAAGGGUGGCUUUGCGAUGGAGAACCAGACUGUGGGGUUGAUUCAGCAUUGGGCGAGGAUAUCUCAGAUGAGAACCCGACGCUUUGCAAAACAACUCAUUGCAAGUGGAAUGAAGCCCGAUGUCCAGGCGCGUCUGUUUGUGCCCAUCUGGACCUGUUUUGCGACGGGAAAUUGGGCGCCUGUCCCGGAAAUAGCGACGAAUGGAAUUUCUGCAGGAACAAAUCAGUGUCCUGCGAUCGAAUGCAGUGCACGUACAAGUGCAAACCUACACCUCAAGGUCCUCAGUGCUAUUGCCCAGAAGGAAAACGGCCUGAUGGCAUCAACUGCGUUGAUGCCAAUGAGUGCGUGUAUGAUGAAACUUGUUCGCAAAUCUGCACCAACACUGAAGGCUCAUUCAAGUGCUCCUGCGUCUCGGGGUACUACCAGAAUGGUACCAACUGUAUUGCCAUCAAUGUCCCUGAGACUGAACCACCCUCAUUGAUAUUCAGCACUCAAGUGGACGUCCGAAGAGUGACUCUGGACGGCAAACCUUGGCCAGGACACUCCACAUUGGAUGUGGAUAGCAGCACGGGUCUGGAGUUUAUUCAUCGAAACCAUACAGUCUGCUUCGUGUACCCGAAUAAACCGAAUAAAAGGAAAUAUGAGUUCGGUUGCGCAAAUAUUAACGAUCUGAAGCAGCGCUGGAUUCUCCAGCCUCGAUCCCCAUUAAUUAAGCUGGCAGACAUUGUAGAUACGGCCUUCGAUUGGGUAUCAGGAAAUUGGUACUUUGGAAUAGAGCGAAACGAUCUAAUUUUGGUCUGCAACAGUGGCCUCUUAUGGUGCAACAUCAUUGUAGAGACGGAUAUUCGAUCUCCCAGAUCACUAGCCGUGGAUCCCACUAGCGGCUUCGUCUUUUUCACGAAAUGGGGAGAAUCAGCGCCCAUGCUUGAAAGGGCUGAUUUGGACGGAUCCAAUCGAACAGCUCUGGUGGAACUAAAAAUUGUCUUUCCUCAUGGUGUUUGUGUGGACUAUGCCACCAAAUACGUCUAUUGGGCGGACAGCUACAUGGACUACGUGGAAAAGGUGGAUUAUUAUGGAAACAAUAGGAAAUCUGUAGCAAAACGACGGCACGUGAGCAACAUUCAUGGCGUCAGUCUAUUUGAAAACAGGGUGUUUGUGUCCUCAUGGGACGAUAACCUAGUCACAGAGCUGACUAAAACUGGCAUCAAAGCGUCCCCUCGUACUAUCGUGAGCAAUGUUUCCCACCUAUUAAAGCUACAUGUUUUCCACCGGCAAAGACAACCUGAUGUGGCUCAUCCAUGCAAAACAUCUUCGUGCGAUCAUCUGUGCAUCCCCGCAUGGUCUCAUACGGGAGUAGCAGUGAAGAAAUGCAUUUGCGCAACCGGAUACAUCCUGUUUGAGGAUCGAUGCAUCAUCAAAACCCCGGAUAUGUUUUUGCUCUAUUCGGACCGCUUCACCAGAAGCAUCCGUGGGAAGGAUUUGGCUUCCGGUCGGGAUGUGAUGGUGCCGCUAAUGCUUGAUGAAGAGAUACGCAUUUUUGACGUUGAUGUUCAAACGAAAUCCAUUAUUUACUACAAUAGAAAUCAUGUGAUUAGCCAAGUACCCAUUGAGUCUACGGGUUCUGCUAAGGAGCUAAUUCAACUCGUUUUUUGUGAUUUGCCCAUUGUGGAUUGGACUACCAGGAACUUGUACUUUCAUAGCUUUGGAAGUGGGUAUAUUAAUGUACUCGAUCUUGCUAAUUCAACCAACAUAAAGGCGCUGUUUAAAACGUCUAUUAAUGAGAUUGAAACGUUGAUUGCGUUGGAUCCGACUCGAGGGCUGAUUUUCUUCACCAACCCCAAUCCAGUUCUGUCGCGCAGCUCAAUUUAUCGCGCUUAUAUGGACGGCACGGGGUACAAAACGUUCCUGAAGGAAAAAGUGUUCAAUCCCAGUGGUCUGGAAGUCGAUAUAAAAGGCGGACGAUUAUAUUGGCUGGAAUACAAACUGGCCAUCUUGCAAAGCGUCAAUUUGGACGGAAACGAUCUCCGAAUCGAAAUUGGUAAAGGCUUAAACAAUCCGUACCAGUUGACGAUUGGCCCCGAUGGCACCUUGUACUUCAUCAAUGUAGGCAAUGCGACCGUCAUGAGCUACAAGAGAGGCGAGGGCUCAAAAGUUGCGUACAAAGCAACCCCUGCAAUUGGCCACAUUAAAAUAUACGACGCAAAUAAGAUAGGGAAUCGUCCGAAACAGUGCGAUGAUUGCACCGGAUUGUGUCUUCGAACCGUUGGAGGAGCGGUAACUUGUGCCUGCCGCGAUGGAUUUCAACUAGCGGAAAACAUGAAAGACUGUGUUACAGAUCAGAAUUAUAUUGCUCCAUCUGCAUGUCCAAAGGUAAAGGCAAAUUUUCAUUUUUUACCGAAAAAAUUCUAA